GCAAUGUGUCCUCUCCCUCGCACCAUCAAAACACAAACAAGGCAAGCUCCAAGUGUACUAGCUAGCUCAUAUAGCCAAGGUCCUAGCUAGUAUACGAGGAUGACCGCGCUCUCCUCCAAUGCCGUUGCACUCGUCGCACUCUUCUCCGUGCUUGUCACGUACGGCGCUCGCGCCCAGCAGGAGAACUAUAGCACCUCCGUCGCCAACUCCUACUACUCCGGCUGGCUCCCGGCCAAGGCCACCUGGUACGGCGCGCCCAACGGCGCCGGCCCCGACGACAACGGUGGUGCGUGCGGGUUCAAGCACACCAAUCAGUACCCGUUCUCGUCCAUGACGUCCUGCGGCAACGAGCCCAUCUUCAAGGACGGCAAGGGCUGCGGCUCAUGCUACCAGGUACGAUGCCUUAAGAGAAAUCACCCUGCCUGCUCCGGCCAGGCGAAGACGGUCAUGAUCACCGACAUGAACUACUACCCGGUCGCCAAGUACCACUUCGACCUCAGCGGCACGGCCUUCGGCGCCAUGGCCCUGCCCGGCCUCAACGACAGGCUCCGCCACGCCGGCAUCAUCGACAUGCAGUUCAGGAGAGUGCCGUGCAACUUCCCGGGCCUGACUAUCAACUUCCACGUGGAGCAUGGCUCCAACCCCAUGUACUUGGCGGUGCUCGUCGAGUACGGGAACAAGGACGGCAACGUGGUGCAGAUGGAUCUCAUGGAGGCCAACUCCGGCUACUGGGCGCCGAUGCGCGAGUCGUGGGGAUCCAUCUGGAGGAUGGACUCCAACCACCCGCUCAAGGGGCCCUUCUCACUGCGCAUCCGCAGUGACUCCGGCCAGACGCUGGUGGCCAACAACGUCAUCCCGGCCAACUGGAGGCCCGACACCGACUACCGCUCCUUCAUCCAGUUCAAGUAAUUGCUCCGGUAUGAUCCAGCGAGUCAACGAUUGGCCACAUGCUCUCUUCAGUCAUCCGAGAUCAUCGGCUCAAUUUAAUAGUUGCAAAUUGCAAAUGGAUUCAGGGGUUUUAACUAGUAUGUGUACUUGAAGAUGUGUGGGAAAUGGAGGGGAGGCAAUAUUCUAUAUAUGUCCUCUCCCGCCCGCUGUCACUAUGCCAUUACCCGUGUGCAUGUAACCAAACCAAGGCUAGCUACAGGUUUGUAUGAAGUGUAUGCUACUAUUUAAUCAGCAUGCUUUAUCAUCCUCUUGCCUGUGCAUUCUGGCUUAUUCAGUGAUCAGUACCCAUG